AUUUUUUGUUUGAUUGCUCAGCUAUGUGAGAACACAUGAGAACAUUUCUCAUGCAAAUCUUUCAGAUGAGUCCAACUUGUAAAAGUACCUUGGGAUCCCUUUCUAAACUUUGAAUAAAAUGUUUGCAUUUUAUUAAAGUGUAUAGAUAUUAAAAUUUGAUUACAAUUUUACUUUUAGUAAAGUGAAAGUUGACGCUCUAAAUAUGGAGAAAAUAACCAAAAGAAAGCCAAUAAAAUUGAAGACAAAUAAUUCACAAGAAAAAGACAAUGAAGUUGAAGACAAGCCUAUAUCGAAACUUUUUAUGAUUGCUAAAUUUUGUGUCUCGCUGCCACUAAAUCUAGUGUCAGUCUCAUUUCCAGUGAUCUUCAUUUGUGGUUUGCAUUUCUCAUGUAUGUCGAAAAAUGCCUGUACUUUUUUAAAAAUGCCUCAAUUUCCAGAAUUUAGCAAAUUCUUCUCCUGGAAAUCUGUUGGCUAUGUAACUGGCUGGUUUACAUUCCAAGCUAUACUGUCCAUGUUACCAAUUGGAAAGCUUGUUGCUGGCCCUCGCCUUGAUGAUCAAAAGAAAUUGCAUUAUAGAUUGAAUGGACUAUCAUCUCUCAUUUUUACGAUGGCAAUAUUUGUGUACACAACUUACUUUCGUAAAAUUCCUGAAAACUACUAUAAAGACAAUUAUAUAAGCUUUAUAACAGGUUCAUUUAUUUACAUAUUACUAAUAUCUCUUGUGGUCUUGGUUCAUUCUCGUUAUACUGGCUCUACUAAAUAUGGCAACUCCAGUGGCAGGUUGAUAGAAGAUUUUAUAUAUGGAUGUACAGUGAAUGCAAGACUCUUCGAUGGAAUUUUGGACUUAAAAGUUUUUGCCUUUAAAGCUGGUUUCAUUUCUUGGGCAGUUAUAAAUAUUGGAUACCUCUUGGAAGCAGUCGAGACAUCAGGAUUGAUGGGUACCUUAGAUAAAAAUCCAUCUUUAUUGAUUCUUGUUGUCUUGCAACUUUGGUAUGUAUUAGAUGCUAUGAUAUUCGAGGAAGCAUUGCUGUACACAGCUUCGUUGUCUUCAGAAAAAAUUGGUUACAUGUUUUACUACUCGGUGUUGUGUUUCUUUCCAUUCUUCUGCUCCUUGCAGGCUAAGUACCUGUUUUUAUUUCCUCGAUCGCUUUCUUGGCAGUACUACAUAGUGGCAGUUUUUUUGUAUGUAAUUGGUUAUUGUAUUUAUCGAACAUCAGUUCAACAAAAGUUUAACUUCAGAAAGGAUCCACAUCAAGCAAAAGUUUCUGGUGUUAAAUUUAUCCUUACUGCAAACCAAAAGGACAUUUUAGUUGAUGGAUGGUGGAGUGUUGUGCGACAUCCGAAUUAUCUCGGUGAUUGGAUGAUGUGUUGUUCUUGGGGUAUUUUAUGUGGAUUCACCCAUGGUAUACCGUGGUUAUGGCCAGUGAGCUUACUUGGAAUGCUGAUUGGCAUGGCAAUACGUGACGAUGCUAAAUGUAAACAGAAGUACGGUUCAAGUUGGGAAGAAUACAGAAAACUUGUGAAACACAAAAUGUUGCCCUAUAUAUUUUAAACUGUGUUGCAUAGAUCACAAGUAACAAUUUUAUCAAACGUAUGCUUUUAUAUGCUUAUUUCUUAUGGUAAUUUGUAAGUUUAUGUUUUCUAUUCGCGAUUCUUAUGUUUUUAUGUGGUAUAGAAUAUUUUUAGGUAUUUACAUCUGGUGCGUGUGAACAUGCAAAUGCUUUUUACGAUGGACAUUCUCCUAAAAUAUCGUUGAAACUCUUCGAAAUGGAAUGUACUAGAAAAAACUCCUAGAAAAUUUCUAAAAAUAGUAACAGCUCGUGAAAAAUGAUUUCUCGGAACCUUUUUUUAAGCUUUGAUUGAGAGAGUCUGUUUAAAUCGUCAUGGUAUUGUAACCUUUUUCCCUUUUUUCUUUUUUGAAAUUUCUGUUUUUGUCAAAAUUAUUACAAGCUCGUGAGCUUGUAUUAAAACGCAAAUGUGUCCUACAAGAAUGGAAAUUUUUGCCUCCCUGAGCACCGACACGGGAGUCGUCGUGUGUUCGAAUCUCAUCUUGGUAACUAUUUUUACUUUUUUUUUCUUUUUUCUUUCUUAAAAAGAUAAGACAAGUGUUCAAAACACUUGUUUAACUAACUAGUAAAUAAAGGUGUUUCUACCAAACUUUUUAAAAGUGAAUGUAGGCAGAAUUAAGUGAAUUAAUAAAUUUCGCAAAUUUUGGGGUUUGUGGGUUUGUGGUCUUUCUUCUUCCUGUCAGUCGGUUCACCCAAGACGGACCCAUCUAAAAUUAAAAGUUCGAGGAAUUUUCCGUUCAGGAAGGUCUCACAAAUCAAUUUUGAAAAAUAAGUGUGUAACAAAUAUUAUUGCGUAUCUGAAUAGUAAAAUAUGUCGUGUCUAACUUCGUAACAAAAAUCCCAAUUUGAUAGACAGCUUUUUGUAAACUUUAUUCGCGAGGUUGUUUGCGUAUAUCAUACGUCUUGUUCGAAAUUAUUCAACAACAUUAAAUACUGCAGGAAAACUUCUGGAAUUUACUUUUUGAAAAUGAAUGUUCUAGUAUGCACGAUAUCCUUUUAUAGCUUUUUAUUGUUUUUAGAAUGCUUUAAGAGAACACCAAAUUUGUUAACAUUUUGAAGAAAAGAAGAGAAAUUAAUGAACCAAUUCUCAAAAUAAAUAUAAACAUAUAUCCCGAUUCGCGUUGCUUUUUGUUAUUCAGUUGAGCUAAAUCGUAUCGCCUUAAUUCUUUCGUGUUUUUGUUUUGUUUUGUUUGUAGGUGGUUGGACUGGUGGGUGAGGGUGCUGGGUUUGGGGAUGGUGUUAACGUUAUUUCUUAUGCUGAUGUAAAUAUUAUUUUUGAUUUUAACAUUUCUAUUUAUAUUGCAUGACAUGUAUAAAAUCCAUUGUAUAUUGCUGAUAUACCGUAUAAAAAUGAGAGCAAAGAAAAUCAAGAAAUCCUCAA